UAAGUCCAAGUGUCCUCCCCGAAUCUGCCUAAGCUCUCAUUACUUCUAAGUAUGCUCACACCCGGAAGUGCUGCAACCGUUCCCUUUCAGCAUUGAUCCAAUCCGAAUCUUCUCGGUCCUUCUCUGGGUAUGUUCCGCAGCCAGUCAUUCCAUUUUCACUUUGCAUGCUCAAGAUUGUGAUAGGCCCAAAGUCCCAUGGUUGCUUAUACCAGCCGCAAAGGAGGGCAUUUCACGUGAUGUGCAGCUGACAUCGAUGCCCCUUUACGUGUGUGUCGCUUAUGUGCGGACCGGGAUUAAGAUCCUUCUCCCAUAGUUGCACAGUAGGCAGCAACCAUAAAGGCAAGUGAAGCCCCCCCUCCCUAGAACCUUGAACCGUGCACACUCGAUCCUCAGAAAUCCCAUCACACCACUUCAAACAAACAGAGAGCUCGGCAUCAUGACAACACGAACAUUGACUGCGAUCGAGAAGACGAUAUCACUCCCCGCCCCAGAUGGCAGAGUUUACGACUUUACAAAGACCGCAGAGGAAGCUCCUCACACCGUACAGAUCAGCGUUCCACCAAACAGCUCCUUCAAGGGGCCUUUGCCGUACUGGAAUGAACAAUUCAAGCUCCUCUUCACCUGUAUCAGUGGCAGAGUCCAUACAUUCUGGGGAACAGGCCCGUACAGCAAUGUAGACAGUUUCUUUGGUGCAGGGAGUAGUGAAACGUACGACGCUUUCACGCUACACUUUUGGCAACGGCCAGAACAGUGGCAGACGAACAAAUCAUAUUCCCACUCUGGCCCACAAAACCACCAAGGGGAUGAGCAUGAGCAUCUCUCGGGCUUGGAUCGCGACUUGGAAAAGGGCAUCGACCAGCAAGGAGUUACUGAUCCGCAAGAUAUUCUCACCGUCGCUAUAUCCCCGAGCCCAAAUUACUGGGACCAAGCACACUGUCGCCGGCAUGAGCUUCUCCACCGAAACUGGGCGUCAAUGGAGCUAGAUGCGGCGCUCUACCCCUCCCUACCAACGACACCACUCCUCAUACGUCUCCUGUUCAAAUUACCACGCUUCCUGUUUCCUGAUCUCCUGCGCAACUGGUUGAUAGCCUACUUCCUCUCUAUCCAAAUGCUCGUCUUGUUUUCGGUGUUUGACCACCAUCCCAAUCUCGGAGCCUGGCCACUGAUGAGUCUCUACGCUUUGAUAAAAUUUCCUCGAUACUUUGGUCCUUGGCCGCCACAGAUCCCGCAGUGGGUGUGUCGUUGUCAGUGGGCCAGUAUGCUCUUUGUUAGUCAUUGGAAGGUGUGGUUAUGGUCAGGAAUCGGAACACGGGUGUUGGGGAUGCAGGCAGUCUAUGAGGAGUACACGCCGGAGAGAUUGAGAGAUGCUCUAGAUUUAAUACCUGGUGAGCCAUCUCCCUAGAGAUUUAAUUAUCAGAAAGCCAGGGAUGUGUCGUCUGAAGGAUCUCAGCAAUUCGCGAAGUGUGC